UUCCCGGCGUGCAGUGUAAGAUUUUCUACAGAAAACAAUUCCAUAGGCUGAGGUUUGACAACACAUCAGAUUAAUGUAACGGUAGUUAAGAAGGUUGUUGUUACUGUAAAGAGUGUUAUAGGAACACAUACAAAUAGGUUAAUAAUCGCCGGAGAAACUGACUUCAAAGAACGCUUCUCUCGUCGGCAGUCUGCCAAAACGACCCCUCAGAAACCCAAUGUACCGACCUGACGCCAAACCAGGCAUCUGACAGCUGCUAACCUGAUGACGCUUCCCUACUGAACUAAAGCGCCGACAUGACGAGCGUGGGCCGCCUGCCUAGGGGCCCGUGGCGCGGGGGCGGGCGGACGGCGGCGUGGCUGUGCGGCGCGCUGGUGGUGGGCGCGCUCACCUACAUGUGGCACGGCGCGCACGUGCACCUCGGAGAGCUGCGCGAGGCCGCCAGCAAGUGCAUGCAGCACCAGGAGGUGCUCGCCGCACAGAUGGAAGUGGUGGUGGAGUACAAGCUGAGGCUGGAGAAGUCGCUGCAGCAGGAGAAGAACGACCACCGGCACACGCGCGAGUCGCUGCAGGCGCGCGCCGAGGAGGAGCGGUCGCUGCGCGAGCGGCAGUCGCUCGAGGCGAGCAACCGCUACAGCUCGCUGCAGCAGCAGUACAAGAUCCUGCAGGGCCAGCACGGAGACCUGGAGGAGGAGACGCAGAAGCUGCGUACGGAGCGGCUGGAGUGGCUGGAACGCAAGAGCAGCCUGGAGGCGUCGGUGAGCGCGCUGCAGCAGCAGCUGACACAGCUGCGGGCAUCCAAGGCGGCCGAGCUCCAGGAUCUGAAGACGCAGUUCUCGCGCCUGGAGCAGGAGCACGAGAGCCUGACCAAGCGGCACGGCGAGGCGCUGGCGGAGGUGCGCUCGGGCGCCGCACGGCUCAAGGAGAAGCAGCGUGACGUCGACCGCCUCUCCCAGGACAGGGAGCUGCUGCAGGAGCGUCUGGCCCAGUGUGAGCACCGGCGGGAGGCGGGCGAGGGGGUGGGCCCCGCCCCGCGAGCCGCCCCCUCGGAGCGGGGCGCGCCGCAGCGCCAGCUGUCGACGCGGUCCACGGCGAGCGCGCGCGGCGGUGCGGACCGGCAGGCGCCCGGCGGCGGCGUGGGCGCCAAGCCGCCCCCGGCGCCGUCUCCGUCUGCCGCCGUGCCAGUUGUCGCUGCUGCAGAUAAGCAGUCGAAGCCGUCGACGCCGCAGAUCAACCCUAUGGCAGUGCUGAGCCGAGAGAGGGUGGCGCAGCCGGCGGCCGCGGCUCCUCCCCCGCUGCAGCACGAAGGUGACGGGGAGGCGGAGGCGGACAACGAAGAGCGGGAGCACGCGCCGGCUGCCGACACCCGGCCGCGACACGAAGAGGGGCCGGCGCUGGCAGCGCCGCCGGACGAGGGGACAAACGUGGGGGCGGCGCCCCCGCUGGGGCCGGCGGACCACGCCGUGGGGCCGGCACCGCCCCAGCAGAAGGACGGGGAGCGGCAGAAGGACGGGGGCGGGGCCCGCGAGCGGGAGGAGGCGGCGGAAGCGGAGGCGGAGGCGGAGGCGGGCCGCCACUACGACGUGCCGCAGGGCGUCGUGCCCGCCCCGCACGGCUACGUCCUGCAGAGGGAGGAGCCGGCAGCGGGUGAGGACGAGAACGACGAGGGUGGCGGGGUGGGCAUACACCCCCUGGCGAGGGCCGGCUACCCCUGGCGGCCGCCCUUCAUGGUGGGCCCGGGCCCGCAGCCCAGGAGACCGCAGGCGCAGGCGCAGCCGGCCCCACGCGGCCUGCGGCCCCGAGACGGGAGGCGCGAGGAAGCGGAGGAGGAGCCGCUGCAGCAGCAGCAGGAGGAGGAGGACGAGGACGCCGGGGGCGGCGGGGGCGGUGACUACCUGCAGGAGCCGGUGCGGGGGGGCCGCGGCCCGCCCCCGGGCGGGAACGUCGACGCCGCCGUGGACGGGCCGCGGGACGACCCCGCCGCCCUGGAGGAGGGGGAGGAGGAAGAAGAUGACGACAUGGACCACAUCGACUACAACGAGGGUGCCCAGCAGCGACAGGGCGCGAGGGGCGGCGCGGGGCGAGCGGGGGCGCAGCACGCGGGGGCGGCCGUCGCCGGCGUGCGCGAGCCGCCGCUGCCCGUGGGACCCCGCGACUCCGUCAUGGUCAACCCGAAGAAGUAGGCGACUGCGACUGUGGAGGUGACGGAGGACGUCUUCACGUUUCUGACUGCUAGCCUGAAGAGUGUGAAAUGAGUUUCUGAAUAUUUUUAUAGAACUAUUCCGUGUGUUAAGCUGGUUGUGUGUAACUGGUCCGUGUUAAGAUAACUGUGAAAUUGAUUCUGUGUAAAAUCAGUUCUUCUAUUUUCCGAGAAAGAGUUUGUCACAGUGCGGGUUGUUGCGGGAGAGGUUCGGUACGGCCAGCCGACCCUCCCGCAGGUGACGGUGGGAACGGUGGCAUACGGACUCCGCGCUGCUCUCUAGUUAGCCUCUGGUGGGUUGUGAGGUGUCUCACACAUCACGCUUUUGUACUCGAGUGGUUUCUUUCGCUUCGGUAUAAAAUUUUCUCGGCGUCCGAGCUGGGUCACGCUCGAACCGAUACUGGAUCUUUCCGUGUGUAUUCGGCAUCCUCACCUCCUGACGAACACGGUGAAGGACGUAUUCGAAGGCUCGAAUCAGAAGUGGUGUGGCUGUAACACUGAGAAGACUUCGUGGAGGAUUCUGUCACUGUCAGCUUCGGAGCUGAAUCGUUUCGUCAGCGUUUGCGAGCUACACUGGAAAGAAGUGCCAAUAUAGAAGUAAUUAUCUGUGGGUGUUCCUGUCCAUUCUGCAGCUGGUAUUUCAAUGAUUUCACGUAUUAAGUGAAUUUCUUGUUAAUCCAGCACGGAAGACCCUAAUUUUUAACUGAAUCCUCCAUCUGUACGUGUUUCUUUCUCUUAAGAAAACAACAAAAGGGGCAGCAACAGUUGACACUAUUUCUCAUUUUGUACUGUUUUUUGACACAUCUACAAUUUUUGUGUCUUAUAGCUUAUAAGUUUGUGUCAAACAUUUCACAAUUUUGAGCAAAUUAAAGGAUUUGAGCUCAGAAACUA